AUGCAGUACCGAAAGAUCCCCGAACAUCAGUUCCCUGCUCAGAUAGAAGACUCGAUGAUAGCAACCAGAUAUUUAUUGACUCAUGCGAGCGAUUUCAAAGUCGAUGCUAGUCGGGUGGCUGUAUCGGGUGAUAGCGCUGGCGGUUACCUCGCAACAGUUAUAGCCCAGCAGGUGUACGACGACCCGGACCUGCCUAACAUAAAGGUCCAGGUCUUGUUUUACCCCGGGACGCAGAUGUUCGACUUCCAAACACCUUCCCACCAGAAGUGUUCGGCGCUUUUCGGCAACAAUGGGAUGCUGACGCAUCAGACGCUGGCGUGGUUGGGAAGCAUGUACCACUUUGGGAAGGCGGACUUCGAGUUCAUGGGUCAAGUGAUGUCCAAUAAUCACACAGCGCCCUCGUUUAAGAAGACCAAGCGCUACCAGAGAAACAUUAAUCAUAGCCUGGUCCCGAAAGAGCUUAUCCCGGACUUUUACAAGCCGCCGCCCAACAACACGGGCAGCGACGCGUUGUGGGAGAAGCUGAAGGAUGUGUACAUGGAUCCGAGGCACGAUCCCCUCAUGCGGGACGACCUCCGCGGGAUGCCAGACAGUUUCAUCGCGACCUGUGGGUUCGAUUGCAUCCGGGACGAUGGGAUCAUGUACGCAAAGCGUUUAGAACAAGCCGGGAACCACGUGGAGUGGGUGAAUUAUAACGGAUGCUUUCAUGGUGUCCUCUGGCAAGGCUGGAUAAACUUCAAGAAUGGCCGAAAGAUGCUUGAAGAUGGUCUUGCCUAUGCAAAGGAGCAUCUUUGAGUCAGAAAUCCACCUUAUUUCAAGUCACCGUUAUUCGCCAUCUUGCAACAUGGAUACAAGUAUGAAUUAUUAAAUUACAUGUAUAUGAAAGCUCCAAAACCAGUUGCAGCAUACUGAAAAGUGAAAACCAUCCUCAAAAGGGGUUGUACAUACAUGUUAAUUGUGCAUGUAUUUUGCAAGUAAGUGGUCAUAUAUGUUGUAUACAGUGCACAAAACUAUUUGCCAGCUCACAUAAUUUUUUUUUCCAAAUAAUCUCUUGCCAUCAAUUAUCACCUGUCUUUUCCUUUGGUGGUUCAGUGUAAAAAGAACAAACCCAAAGCACAUUCUCCAGUUAUUCAACUAUUAAUGGAAAAAAGGGGUUUAGGUAUUUAAUGGUUGCUUUGUGUCUAACAUUAAUGAGAAACAUCGUAGAAAGUUGAAUUCUCAAUCUUUUAAAAAUCUAAUUUGCCAAAAAUCAAAUUCCAGAUCUGUUGUUGGUCCGUGAAGACCGUGAUGGGUACAGAUCACAAAAAGAAGUCAAAUGCCCUUUUCCCUUUUAACUGAUUGACUACUGAAUUCCAUCAUUCCAUACAGGUUCCAGGAAGCCAUGGGUUAACCAAUCGUGAAUAGUGCCAUACAUGUACAUGUAGAUAAUUAGAAAAUUGAGAUGGCUAUUUUACAUGUUGACUGUAUGUACAUGCAUAUCUUACAAAUAUUGAUAUAAAAUAUUUAUUGGCUUUACGAAUGAUUUAUUUAUAAAGCAAAAUGAUUCUGUGGUCUAAUUAAUAGUGUUUUAAUCAAAAUGAAAUAUUCAAUGCACCUUGCUUUUCAAUGCAAUCUCUAUGUAGUCUUUAUCUCAGCAUCAUGAUUGACUCUUGAUUGUAACUUGUACAGAUUAUACAUUUACCACAUGUUUAUAGAUUUUAGAUUAUAGCAGGUUUUAUAAUAGAAUUUGAUCGGCUGCAGAGCUGUUCAAUUUUCAAAGGAUUUUGAAUAGUUUUCCUGAUCAAUUCGGUCUUUUUAUAUAAAAAAAAAAAGCCAGCCAGACUGA